GGAUCGUCAUGUAGCGUAGCCCUUGCGGCUAGCCUCAGGCCUCCUGUUACUACGGUACAUGGCGCGACCUGCAGGGAAGCGUGUGUGCCGCCCUCAAUUUGGGGGCGACUAUAAAUAGAGGGUUAUACAUGUACAACGUACGGACUCACUCUGGUACUUCUUCCAAACCUGUCGGCGACCCGCCUUCAGCAUUCAUGGUUGCCAACAAUCCGCAAGGCAAAUCCCUCCGACAGCAUGGCUCAAUCUUACCAACUCCGGUCUUUCGAAUUCGAGGAUGAUGCAAGUAGGAACACCGAUGUAUCUGAUUUCUCCUACGUCAAACCUGGCUUGUCGACACCUCCUCUAGGAACAACAGCCCGAAAACCGCACAUGUUCAGCAACAUCCGUGGCUACAAACCUGUCGACAACACCACGGACGAACUGCCAAAGCGACAGACACGACCACGGCCUAGGCGAACUACCUUUCUGCGAUGGUGGAUGCCCGAAAUAAUAGCGUCGUUCCUCUCGAUCGCCUCAUUGCUGUCUAUCGUCAUUGUCCUGAUAAUUUAUGAAGGAAGAGGCAUUGACGACUUGAAUCUGCCCAAUUGGCUCACGCUGAACGGUCUUGUCGCCACGCUCUCAACUUUCAACAGGGUGUGUCUGAUGGUCCCUGUCAGCUCGGCUCUCAGUCAAGAAGCAUGGCUGUGGUUUUCCAGAGCCAGUCAAGAUCCCACAGUUCCCAGCCGUUUGCGGGAUCUGGAAAGGUCGGAUCAUGCGUCUCGAGGCGUCUGGGGAAGUAUUGUCCUGUUGGGAAUUCCUUCAAAACGCUAUCUCGCCCAUUUCGGUGCCAUCAUCACCAUCCUGUCUCUUGCGGUCGGCACUUUCAACCAGCAAUUGAUUUCCUACAGCCAAUAUCCCACCGAGACCACCAGUCUACAGCCCGGCAAUAUUCCGCGAGCUGAGGUCUGGCAGGAUUUUGAGGGGAACCCCGCCGAGGGUUCCUGUUUCCCUUCCCUGGACUUUAAGGCCGCUGUCUAUAACGGCAUGAUGACCGAGAACAUUGCGCCUAUCACCGCAAAUUGCCCAACAGGUAAUUGUACAUGGCCAGCCACGCCAUCGAUCGCCGUCUGCGGUGAAUGCUCGGAGUCCUCCUACAAGAAAUCGUGCAACGAGACCAACUGUAUGUACACGGCACCCUCGGGUUCCGUAGCAACCUUCUUCAACACAAGUGGUAAUGACGAAGGGACGGGGUUUCAAGUCAUACCAAGCAAAGGUGCCAAAUACAACAGCAGCAUCUAUGACAAACUUUACGUUGCCAACUUCGAUGUCAUGGGAGCGCCGUACGACAGUUACAGUGGAGAGUUUGAGCAAGACAACAUUACUUCGCAAGAAUGCGCCCUCUGGAUGUGCAUUCAACAACUUCAAGUUGACACCACAGACGGCCACCAAACCGAGACCAUUCUCCAGACUUUUGACUCCAUGAAUAGCACCCCAGUGGGUGGUAGUGGCGCAGAUAAUUACACAUUUCCUACCCUACCGGCCAACAUGUCCGCCAGUCCAGACACAGAGGUGUACAACAUCAGCCUACUUGCAACAGAUGCGCUGGAAAGUUUCCUUGGUCCAUUGUUCGAAGGAUCGGUCUUUUUGAACCUUGAAUCAAAUACACCAUCGAGCGAUGCCGUCCAGGCAGUGUGGAAUGGCACGAACGAUUUGAAUGGCUGGAUGCAGAAUCUCGCGCUCAGCAUGAAUAACGUCAUGCGUAGCAAGACGCCCAUGACUCGGGAUGCGUACAAUGGCAGCACUACCGAACUGGGCGUCCGAAUUCGAUGGCCUUGGAUUGCCCUCCCCAUAGGCAUGGUCGCGGGUUCGCUGAUGUUGUUGCUCGCUGUCAUUGUGGAGACGGCAAGAAGCCCUGUCGAGGCCUGGAAGGGUAGUCCCCUGGCGUACUUGGUGUUUGGUGUCGAUCAGGAGACUAGAGGUAACCUGGAGAACAGCGCUGGUGCUGAUGGAUACAGAGACCUUGGAAGUACCGUGGGAAUGACCCGAGCUGUGCUUCAUCCUCAGCCUGGAGGAAAGUGGACUUUUAAGGCUGCUUGACAGAAUAUAUCGACAAAAUCUGAUGUCGUGUCUUCAA